AUGUCUUCCCUUCUCGAAAAGCAGAAGGCUAUGUUCAGCAGCUCGCUGGCCUCGGCCGCGAGCAAGCUGCAAUCCAAGAGCACAUCUCUCGCGCCGCCGUCACCCUCCCCGUCCGUCAGCAGCAUGGCGUCAGCAUCCAAGAACGACACCACCGCAUCGGGCAAGCGGAAGCGCGACCCCAACGCAAUUGUGUACUCGCAGCCUCAGAACACUAGUUUUGGUCAGGAAGUCUUUACACAGAUGCAGUAUGCGCUGGAGUGGCUCAAGGGCAAGGACGAGCCCAAGACGGCGACCGAAAUCUUUGACCACCUGGGCCAGACCCGCAGCACCGACAAGCACAAGCAGCAGCUGGUGGAGGGCAUGCGGCGGCAUCCGCGUAUUCAGUGGGUGCCCGAUCCGAAAAUGUCCGAGCAGACAUGGCGGACGGGCACGUACGUCCACCGGCCCAUUAUCCCCGGCGUCAAGGACAAGAUGACGCUCCUGCGGCACCUGCAAAGCAAGCGGGACGCCGAGGGGACCAACGUCAAGGACCUCAAGGACGGGUGGCCCGACUGCGACCAGGCACUGAUGGAGCUGGAGCGCGAGCACAAGAUCCUGAUCGUCAAGACCAAGAAGGAGCAGCACCCGCGCGCCAUCUGGCUCGACGACGCGACGCUGCACCACCACGUCGACGACGAGUUCAAGCGCAUGUGGAACGUUGUCGAGGUCCCCUCCACCGACGACAUUGUCAAGAAGCUUGUUUCUGUGGGCCAGAAGCCGGCCAGCGCCGACCCCAGCACGAUCAAAAAGGUCGACUCCAAGAAGCAGCAGAAGAAGCGGGCUGUUAGGCGCACCGGCAAGACGACUAAUACGCAUAUGGAGCAUCUGCUCAAGGAUUACAGCCACAUGGUGAAGCGGUAG